AAAAAUUCAUUGAGUAGAUUCAAUCAGUUUUAGCGUUAUGAGUCUUAGCUUUAGUUUGUUUCGUUUUCAUUUUGUUAUUUGAUCACAUAAAUUAAAGUCCAAUCGCCAUUAACGUUCUCUCGAUCAUGCAGGCAUCAAUCCACGAUGGCGAUUUAUUAUUAAUAUUAUUAUCAUUAACUUUAUUCCUAGCAAGGUAGUUAGAUUUUAAUUUCCUCGAUCAUAGAUCUAUCUAUCUACCUCUGUACGUACGUAUGUUAUCGUUUUUAAGGCCGGCCGGGAAGCAGAAAUGUCGUCGGCAUCUUCUCGUUCAUGGUUUUCGUUUCUUGAUUCCAGCAAUUCUCUUCUCGCCAGCCUCAGCAAGCUCCUGUUAAUCUCCGGCGUCGUUGUCUACUUGGGAAUCAUCUUCCUCCCCAACAUCCCGUCAUGCCCAUCCUCGCCGGAGAUAAUGCUGUCAUCGUCAAGAUUGGCGAUGCCGGCGGCGACGGGGGACAAUAAUCCAUCAUCUUCAGGCAUUAUCCCAUCACCGCCACCGGCGGAUUCUCCUCCUCCUCCGCCGACUCUGUCAGCAGAGUCGGCGGAGGAGAGUAGGACGAACCUGAGCCACCUGAUAUUCGGGCUGGUGGGUUCGGAGAACGCGUGGCACCACCGCAAGGCAUACAUAGAGACGUGGUGGCGGCCGAACGUGACGCGGGGGUUCAUAUACCUGGACACGGAGCCGACGGAGGAGCUGCUGCCGUGGUCGCCGUGGUCGCCGCCGUACCGGGUGUCGGACAACAUAACGAGGGUGGUGGCGGAGACGGGGCACGUGGACGCGACGGUGGCGCGGCUGGUGCACGGGAUAAUGGAGGUGUUCCGGGACUGCGACGGCGACGACGGGGCGGAGGAGCUGCGGUGGGUGGUGAUGGGGGACGACGAUUCGAUAUUCAUGCUGGACAACAUGGUGGAGCUGCUGGCCAAGUAUGACCACAGAAAGUACUAUUAUUUCGGAGGGCAUUCGGAGUUCAUUUUGUCAAACUUCUGGUACUCGUUCAACCAAGGGUUCGGUGGGGCCGGCUUCUUCCUCAGCUACCCUUUAGCCAAGGCCCUGGCCCACUCCAUGGACUCCUGUCUCAAGCGUUACAACCAAUUGAGGGCUGCCGACUCCACCACCAUGGCUUGCAUUGCCGACCUCGGAAUCAAUCUCACCCCUGUUCCUGGCAUUCAUCAGAUGGACAUGAGAGGAGACGCGUCGGGGUUCCUCUCCUCCCACCCCAACUCCCCACUCAUAUCCCUCCACCACUUCGACAUGGUGGAGCCCCUCUUCCCCUUGAUGGACCGCUUCCAGUCCGCGGCCCACCUCAUGACCGCCGCCAGUUUCGACCAGACUCGAAUCCUGCAGCAGACCAUUUGCCACCACCGCCCUACCAACUGGACAUUCUCCGUCUCAUGGGGCUACUCCGCCCACAUCUACGAACGAAUCAUGCCGCGCAGCCACCUUCAGAACCCCAUCGCCACGUUCAAGGAGUGGGCCUUCGCCAACCCCCGGCCACCGCAUUGGAUGUUCGACGUCCGGGCACCGGUCAACCACCCAUGUGAAACGCCACAUGUCUUCUUCUUGGAGUCUUCGAAGAGGACGCCCGACGAGGAGGAGAUUGUGAGCACCUACAAGCGUCAGUGGCGACGAAAAUUGCCCGCUUGUUUAUUUACCGGGAACCACUCUGCUGAUUACGUUUUCAGGGUCCGUGUAUAUACCCCCUCUGCCAAACGGACGCAGACGGAUAAUAGAUGUGAAUGUUGUGACGUCACCCGAGUGACUGAAAGCAGCAUUGCAGAAGUAAAGAUUAGAAGUUGCAUGAAGAAUGAGGUAAUUGCUUAGACAGUUAGACAGUUAAUGUGGAGAAACAUCUUUUUUGUCUCUCUAUUUGACGAAAUAAAAAGCGUUGUACUUUUUUGCUGUUGAUAUAUGAAAUUAUACGUUAGCGACAUGAACAAGCAUCAAUCCUUUUGUAACUCAGUUUCCUCAGACCCUUUGAAGACUUCAUUGUAUGGUACAUAGUCAAGAGCCUAUGGAUACAAAUAGUGAAUGUACACUGAUCUUAGAA